GUCUCUCCUCCACGCCGGCAGCUGGCCAGCGCCCAGCGACGAUGCUCACCUUCCGCAAAGCCCUGGUGCUCUCCCUCGCCCUCCUAUCGUUCUUCUUCAUAUUCCGAUCACAUCAUUCGACCACCCAGCCCUCUCCUAUCCGCAAUGCCGAUGACCUCCCUAAACCCGCCUCCCUCAUGAAGCCGAAGCCUGGUGCCCAGCAGCCCGCGAAGCAGGAACCAACCCAGCCCGCGAAGCCGGAUAGUACGGAUGCAAAGUGGAAAGAGCCCGAUUCUCCGAUCAAGAAGCCCAAGACGCAAAUCAGCAUGGACGAGCUGAGGAAGCGGCCGUUGAAGCAGCAGCUGGAGUACCAGUUCCCCUAUGACGUCGAGGCAAAGUUUCCGGCGUACAUUUGGCAGACGUGGAAGUACACACCCAGUCAAGGUGAAUUCGACGAGGUGUUUCGCGAGGCUGAGGCUAGCUGGACGAUCCUCCACCCUACGUUCGUCCAUGAAGUCAUCACUGACCAGGUCGCCGUGCACCUGAUUCGACACCUCUACGCCUCGGUCCCUGAAGUCAUGGAAGCCUACAAUGCACUUCCUCUGCCCGUCCUCAAAGCCGACUUCUUCCGCUACCUGAUCCUGCUCGCUCGGGGAGGCAUCUACUCUGACAUCGACACGGCAGCUCUCAAGAGCGCUGCAGACUGGAUCCCUCAGGAGGUUCCUAGCAAGUCGUACGGCAUGGUCAUUGGCAUCGAAGCCGAUCCCGACCGGUCUGAUUGGGCUCUCUGGUACUCGCGUCGUAUUCAAUUUUGCCAAUGGACCAUUCAAUCCAAGCCCGGCCACCCAAUCCUUGUGGACGUCGUCGCAAACAUCACCCAGGAAACCCUGAAGCGGAAAGCCGAGGGCCGUCUGAGCAAGGACCACAAAGGUAUCAUUGAAUUCACUGGUCCCGCGCUGUGGACCGACAGUAUCUUCGAUUUCUUCAACAACCCUGAUUACUUCGACAUGAGCACAAGCAAGGGCAAUAUCACCUGGCAGCACUUCACCGGCAUGAAAAACCCCAAAAAAGUCGGCGAUGUGAUUAUCCUCCCCAUUACAAGUUUCAGCCCUGGGAUCAAGACAAUGAAUGCAGGCGAGGAGGACGACCCGAUGGCGUUCGUGAAGCACAACUUUGAAGGGACCUGGAAACCGGAAGAGUUGCGCCACAUCGGCGAAGUCUUCACAUGAGUGAGCGGCGCACAGCGCGGAUAAAAUGCAACGUAUACGGCCGACUGAUCGAUUCAUACGCAUAAAAAACUGGAAGGGUGGCACACUUCUCUUGUACAUGUUUGAUCCUUUAAUCGCAAAAAUAAUAGACUGGUUGGGUUUGGUAGGCCGGACUGGCAUGGGAAUCGGCUUCUGUUUUGGCGAAGGGAAAGAGCAUGGCCUACGCCUAACUCACCAAGUCUACGGCAUAGACCUCGGCCAUCACUUCUCUCCGCGAAACCCUGUUAAUUCUUUACCUAUGGUCCAUCAUGUGGAAUUCGGCCCAAACAC